AAAAUGACUUGUGAAGAAAUUCUCGAGGCUGUUUUCCCGUUGCUGGAGUAUACCGAACUGGCUAAUUGUAUGUUAGUGUGCAAACAGUGGAGAGAUGCUGCUCAAGAUGAUCACCUCUGGAAAUCCUUUUGUUCUAAAAUAUGGCCAUCAAUUUGCAAGCAGCAAUCCCCUCCCACUUCAACCUACUAUUUAUUUUUCCGAACCUAUUAUAAAAAACAAUAUGAGACUCUUCCCCCUCCGAAACUGACGUUCAAUGACUUGGAGUUCUACAUUGACAUUUUGGUUGAUGGGAAAAUACUAUUCUCAGAUGUUGUGCCAGGGCCUGAUUUUCAGAAGAUUCCACCUCCAGAAAUCGGUGACGUGCUUAGGUCUCACAUAGAACAUCCUAAAUACAAGCUGAUUCUACCAGUGGAACCACGAUUCACGAUUCACUUGUGCGAUACGGUGAGUUUCUCUGUGUUUGUUGAACGCAAAGAUACAAAGAAAGUUGCUUGCCUACUCAACAAAUCCAUUUUUCAUAAUGUAUAUCGAACAUCAUAUCGGGCUUUAGGGUUUGAUGAAUAUCUUGACUUCUUCUCUCCGCUUAAUUUAUUUGUUAAUCUGGGUGUUCGAGCAUGGAUAUCUUUGCUUUUCAUGGACUACAGCAACGAGGCAGCAAAUGACAUUUUUGCCAUUGAGAUGGAUUUCUCUUAUGCUGCCAAGUCCGAAGAUGAGGUCCUGUGGCUGCUUGACAUGCUGGACUGGAAGUAA